AGGGAUUUGGAUGUGGAGCUGCAUGUGCACGCACACAGCGCUGGGUAGAAAAUGAGCAGUCUAUGCAGGUUGAACUCGGUUUUCAUCCUGUGGGUCUCCGUGACAUUGGUGUGCUCGGGUUUCCCAGUUGGCCCUUCCAUGAGCACCAACCCGCUGUAUCUGAGCUGCCAGCUGAAGGGGAGAUGGGAUUCGUGCCUGGUGCUGCUGAGCAGCUGCCUGUCCAGGGUGGGCAGGGCUGAGGAGCUGCCCCUGGGGAAGCCUCUCCACAAAAGGUCCUUCCGCAACGGCGUCGGAGCGGGAAUUAAAAAAACUUCCUUCCGAAGGGCAAAGUCCUGAGCAAGUGUCCCAAGGCGCGGCCCAGGUUUUGACCUCUGGUGUCCCAGUCGUUGCUUUGAGUUCCUUUUGGUGUUUUUCUCUGGCGAAGCCACCUCUGACAGAGUCCCCAGGUGCGGCUCCCCAAGUGCCGAGCGGGGCCGACGGGAGCGCUCGGGAAGGGCUUUGCUCCCAAAGUCACACUGCCAUGAAGUCUUGUCUCGAAAUGAGUGUUUUCAUUUGCUUCGUUUCCCUCCUUUGUCAGGCUGCAUACAGGUUUUAAUCAAGCUGCUCUUUGAUUCACACAAAGAUAAUCCCGUGCUUUGAGGAGACGCGUGCGCGCGGCCUGCGGGGAGGACGGAGUAUUCC